GAAACAAGUUGAAACUUAUCGGUACGGUCCUUGCUUUAUCCAUUAACCUCUCCUGAUGUCUCAGAACGAACAGCAAAUUUCGUGGUAAGUUUCUCCGAGAACUUCUUAUGGAGUCCCUCAAGACUUCAUUCCUUAGUCCAGUCCUCCUCCCUCCACCUUCCAAUCGCAGCAGCCGUUGCCCGUUAAAGUCCAGAAAACCCCAAAUUUUCAUCAUCCGCUCGUCGGUAACGCCCGAUCCUUGGUCUCUCAGCGAUGGCAAUCCCGCAAGACCAAAACCCAGGUCCAAAAACGCCAAAAAACCGCUUUCCGACGACAACGCCCGUCGAAUCAUCAAGGCCAAGGCUCAGUACCUCAGUGUACUGCGUCGAAAUCAGGGCCCAAGAGCUCAAACGCCCAAAUGGAUCAAGAGAACUCCGGAACAGAUGGUGCAGUACCUUGAGGACGAUAAAAAUGGCCAUCUCUAUGGAAAGCAUGUGGUGGCGGCGAUUAAGCACGUGCGGAGUUUAUCUCAGAGAGCCGAGGGAGAGUACGAUAUGAGAAUGGAGAUGGCUUCUUUUGUUGGAAAAUUGACCUUUAGGGAGAUGUGUAUAGUGCUUAAGGAGCAGAAGGGGUGGAGGCAGGUCAGAGAUGUGCUUGAUUGGAUGAAAUUGCAGUUGAGUUAUCGCCCAAGCGUCAUUGUCUACACGAUUGUUUUGCGAACAUAUGGACAAGUUGGAAAAAUAAAGCUAGCUGAAGAAACUUUCUUGGAGAUGCUUGAAGUUGGAUUAGAACCAGACGAAGUUGCUUGUGGAACGAUGUUAUGUACAUACGCCCGAUGGGGACAUCAUAAGGCUAUGUUGUCUUUCUAUUCUGCUGUCAAGGAUAGGGGAAUUAUACCUUCGAGUGCCGUUUUCAAUUUUAUGCUGUCGUCCUUGCAGAAGAAGGGGCUCCAUGCCGAGGUCAAAGAACUAUGGAUGCAGAUGGUAGAGAUAGGAGUGACAUUCAAUGAAUUUACCUAUACUGUAGUUAUCAACUCACUUGUUAAGGAAGGACAUAGUGAGGAGGCUUUCAAAGUUUUCGACGAGAUGAAGAACCGUGGGUUCGUUCCUGAAGAGGGGACGUAUAACCUACUUAUUAAUUUAAGCGCAAAGCGAGGUAAUUCGGAUGAAGUUUUGAGGCUCUAUAAGGAUAUGAGAGAUAAGGAUAUUGUUCCAAGUAGCUACACUUGUUCUUCACUCCUGACAUUGUUUUACAAGAAUGGAGAUUAUUCUAAAGCCCUCUCUCUAUUUUCCGAGAUGGAAACGAAACAAGUGGUGGUUGAUGAAGUUAUAUAUGGAUUACUUAUUAGAAUAUAUGGAAAAUUGGGUCUACAUGAGGAUGCCCAUAAAACAUUUGAAGAAAUGGAGCAACUUGGUUUACUUACAGAUGAGAAGAGCUAUUUGGCAAUGGCUCAAGUCCAUCUCGGUGCGAGAAACUUCGAGAAAGCUUUAAACAUAAUUGAGUUGAUGAAAUCUAGAAACAUUUGGUUGUCAAGAUUUGCUUAUAUAGUAUCAUUAAAGUGUUAUGUUAUGAAAGAAGAUAUAAGGUCUGCAGAAUCCACAUUUCAAGCUUUAUCCAAAACGGGGCUUCCUGAUGCUCGUUCGUGUAUUGAUAUUCUCAAUUUGUAUUUAAAAUUAGACUUGGUGGACGAGGCAAAAGAUUUUAUAGCCCAUAUAAGAAAGGACGGGGUAGUCUUCGACGAGGAACUUUAUAAAUUGGUUAUGAGAGUCUAUUGCAAGGAGGGGAUGUUAAAAGAUGCUGAAAUUUUAGUUGAACUUAUGAAGAAGGAAGAGUUAUUUGUUGAUAAGAAAUUUAUGGAGACAUUUUCCUUUAUGAUGAAUGAAAAUACAAUUGGAAGCUAUGACCAACCAGAUUAUAUGGCUCUUCAUAUGAUACUUCGGCUGUAUUUGGCGAACGGCGAUGUUGGUAAAAGGAAUAGGAUCCUGAAAUUAAUACUUAGGGACGGUGGCGUGACCGUUGUGAGUCAACUUGUAGCUAAUUUGAUUAGAGAAGGCGAUGCAUUGAAAGCAGAAACUCUUACGAAAGAAUUACUUGAGCUUGGCUACCGGCUAGAUGACGCUACUACAGCGUCCUUAAUCAGUUUGUAUGGGAAAGAGAGGAAAAUAAAUCAAGCAGCUGAAAUUUUUGCAGCAGUUUCAGAUUCUUGCACAUCGGAAUUGAUUUUUGGUUCUAUGAUCGAUGCGUAUAUCAAAUGUGAUAAAGCAGAAGAAGCGUUCGUGGUUUACAAUGAGGUAAUUGAGAAAGGAUAUGAUCUUGGUGCUGUUGCUGUCAGCAGAAUGGUGAAUACUUUGAGUAUUGCUGGAAAACAUCAAGCAGCAGAGAGUGUCGUACGUGCUAGUCUUAAAGCUGACUUGAAGCUUGAUACAGUGGCAUUCAAUACAUUUAUCAAGGCAAUGCUGGAGGCAGGGAAACUGCAUUUUGCAUCCAGAAUAUAUAAGCGCAUGAUUGUUCUUGGCAUUGUACCAUCAAUUCAGACAUAUAACACCAUGAUUAGCGUUUAUGGACGUGGUUGGAAGCUCGAUAAAGCUGUAGAAAUGUUUAAUGAAGCUCGCAGCUCGGGUCACUCUCCUGAUGAAAAGGCAUAUGCUAACCUGAUUAGCUUCUAUGGGAAGGCUGGUAAGACGCAUGAAGCAAGCUUGCUAUUCAAAGAAAUGCUGAAAGAAGGGAUUAAGCCUGGGAUGGUCAGCUACAACAUUAUGGCCAAUGUAUAUGCUACGGCCGGACUUGAAGAAGAAACAGAGAAGCUUUUCAAAGCAAUGGAGCAAGAUGGUCUCUUACCUGAUUCUUUUACCUACUUCUCACUCAUUCGAGCUUACACACACAAUUGCAAAUACUUAGAAGCUGAGGAAAUCAUCAACUCUAUGAAGGAAAAUGGCAUCCCCACAUCUUGUGCACAUUACGACCUGUUGCUCUCGGCUUUGGCAAAGGUCGGUAUGAUACGGAAAGCAGAAAAAGUCUAUGACAAACUUCUAACAGAUGGUUUAAAUCCCGAUGUUACGUGCAAUCGGACGUUGAUGAGAGGUUACCUCGACUACGGAUAUGUCAAAGAAGGUAUCGAGUUCUUUGAAUCUUCAUGUAAAUAUGCAGGAGACAGGUUUAUCAUGAGUGCAGCUGUACAUUUUUACAAGGUUGAAGGAAAAGAGGAUGAAGCAUUGAAUAUUUUGGAUUCCAUGAAAAGUUUGGGUCUUUCAUUCUUGAAAGACCUUCGAGUCGGAUUGAAGCUAGAGUCUGCUUGAGCCUCAACGUAUUCAACGAUCCGAUUUGCCAGCACGUUACCUGCCGGUUGUCAUUUGACUGAGAAGCAAAGCGACUCGAAAAGGUACACAUAAAGGAGAAUAUUCUGGAUAUAUGUUCAUCAAACUCCUUGUAACGAUAGCAGAAACGUCCCAGGUUGCUUUAAGAAACCGAGAACUUGAAACUCGAGGAUACUAAAUGGGAUCGAAAGAUUACGUAAACUGACCGAACUGCUGUUUUGUUCUCUCUCUUCAACCUUGUUGAGAUGGCAUCACACAGGAUGAAGGAAUUUGCAGUCGUGGAUCGAUUGAUUUCGUCAUUUACGCCAUACCGAGAAGACAUCCGAGGCUGAAAAGUGGCAUUGAUUGGACGAAGAUCAUCUUCUUACCAAUAUAGUUUUGAGGAAGUUGGAUGAGCUUGUGAUGAACGUUAUCUAUUGUAAGCUCUGUAAAUGAUCAAUUAUCUUUGUAUCUCUUCAGUUUAGGAUGGGACAACCUGACAAAAUAAAGCUCAUUCAGGUGCAGUUACUAUAUACGAGGAAAUUAACAUUCAAUCCUAUUCUAGAACAAAAAAAUAUAUGAAUUCUUGUUAUCAUAGGUAUCUGUUAAAUAGGCCGAGUUUCUUA